AUUAUAUGUUGUAAAAUCAAAACUGGCUAUAACAGAUUAUCUGGGAUGCAUAAUAUGUACACACCUGAGUGGAUGUAUGAACUAAAUAGUUCUCUACCAAUCAAAAUAGACAACAAUACACCAAUAACUUCCAUUGCCCUUUUGGAUCAAUGUCGUAAAAAAAUAUAUGAUUACAUUACAGAAGAAAAAGUAAAUACAAGUGUAAAUGAAUUCUAUCUUUGUAAUUGGGGAUUUAUAGAAUCUGUUCUUUGGACUAAAGCCAAUAAAGGAUGGGAAAUUGAGGAAAAGAAACCAAUAGGAAAGUCUAAGGCUUCUACGGAUAGUGACAAUAAACAGAUGGAUAAAAUCAAAGAGGAUAAUAAUGAAGAAAUGGAUGAAGAUAACACACUUAUGGUUACAACUACAAAAAAUACAGAUAUAUUAAUGACUGAGGAUGAAGUCAAAUGGCCUAAAGAGGUCGCACUGUUAUUAGAAGAUACUUGUAAAUAUUAUUGGCUAACAUGUUUGGGUAUUGAACACCCUUUCCCUAAAUCAAAAAUGAAACACGAAUUUCCAGAAAUGUCUAGGUCUGAUUUUUUUCUGUUAACCGAGCUAUUAACAUCUCGACAAACGCUCUAUACUAGCUUUAACUUUAUCUUAUCAGAACUAUUGACUUGUUUAGAAAAGGAUGCUGUCAUUUAUAGAACAAAAGCUUUAAAAGCGAUUGGGAAAAUUGCAGCCGAAGUACCUGAAAUCAUGGAAGAUAAACAAAUUCGAACUUCAGUUGUUCAAAGAAUUCAUGACAGUUCGCCUUCAGUGAGAGAUGCUGCUGUUGAUGUGGUGGCCAAAUAUUUGGGCCGUUUAGAAACAAUACCAAUUAAACUAUAUGAAAUUGUUAAUGGAAGAAUUAUGGAUACUGCUGUUAAUGUUCGAAAACGUCUAGUUAAGCUAUUACAAGGAUUAUAUUUUAAAUUUACAGAUAUUGAUAUCAAGAUUGAUAUUGCAUCAAAACUUAUUUUACGAAUUAGCGAUAACGAAGUUACAAUUAGCCAGUUAUCAUUAAAAGCAACACAAGAAAUUUUGUUCUCACCUUUUAGAGAAAUUGAAAAGGAUGGAAAUGAUUACUUUGGUUAUUCUUAUGCAAAUUCACCCAAGAGCCGCAAACAAAAAAUUACUAGUUUGACUCAGAUUAUUACAGGUGCCGUUUCCAAAAUUGAUCCAUCUACUAGUACACAGAAUGCAGCGCUUUCACAAAUUAUUCAAAAGACUAUAGACAAUGCUGAUGAAAAGAUGAUGCUUUGGUAUGGAAAAGUAUUUCAAUGGAUUGUUGAUUCGUUAUUCGAUCGUAUGAUAUUACUUGAUGAAGAAGACAACUCGGUAGAGUUUAUUAACUGUUUAGCCACUGUAUAUUCAUUUACAAAAAUAUCUGGUGAUUGGACAAAAGCGCAUUAUGUCCUUACAAUUUAUAGAGAUGUAUUACCUUAUAUGAAAUAUCAUGCUCCAGAAUUUAUUCAAUCAGUUGAACGUUUAUUGAUGCAAUUGCUUAGUCACUGUCCCUUAAAUUUAAUCACGGAUGGUGUCUCUUGUUUGUGCGUCAUAAUCGAUCUUAUUUCACAUAAAUAUAAUAUUCUUAUCAAAAUGCUUGGAUCUUGUAUAACUAAGCUUCAACAAGUACGAUUCAUUAUCUCUAAUGGAAAUGAUCCUGAAGCUAAAACAUACUCUGGUGUUUUAAAGAUGCUAAUGAUUUGUGGCUUAUUAUGUCAGCAUUUUGAAUUUGAUAAAAAGCGUGAAGAAGAGCCGGAGCAAAUGGAGGCUUUAAAUUUAGUAUAUAAAGGAAAUAUUUGUACAUUAGUAUUUGAUCUUUUACAAUUCUUCACAAGUGAAUCAAUGGAUGAAUUAAAAAAAGAUGGUAUGACAAUGCGUAUGACAGCCCUGCAAGGCUUGGGUUAUUUUUAUGCUUCACAUCCAACAUUUAUGAUAUCACCCACUAGCACCAACUUGAUGGAUAAAAUUUUUGAAGAAGGUUCGUCGAAUGAGCUGAAAAUACAACUUAUGCGUGUCUUUCAAGAGUUUUUAUCAGCAGAAGAAAAAAGACUUGGGAAACGUGAACAAAUUGCAGGGGAAUCACUUUAUACAAAAGAUAUAGAUAUAGAUACUCUUUUAGGGAAUACAGAAGAAUAUGCAGAAUUGGGUGUAAAUGGAUCAUUAAUGCAACGAUACUUACGUAAGAUUUUAAGAUGCGCUUUAGCUGAAUCUAAUGAACUUCGAUAUGCUGCAUUUGAAGUUGUCUCUGCUGUUAUUCAUCAAGGAUUGGCUCACCCUGUGCUUUGUAUGCCAGUUAUCGUUGCUGCUGAAACUAGUCCUGACAUUAUCCUUCGAAACAAAGCUUAUUAUUUGCAUCGAUUUGCUCAUGACAAAUAUGGCAAUUUGCUCUAUAUACAAAUAAAUGAAUAUUUAUCGACGUCCUAUCAAUACCAGAAGAUUUUGCUUGGCAGCAGUUAUAUUUCAGGUUAUGGCAAGAGAGGAGGUGACGCUAAGGUUGAUUCAGUACUUGGAAUUACUUAUUCAGUUUUGAAGGAAAAAAGAAAGCCUAAAAUGGACUUCUUAUCUGCUCUCGUGAAGCCUUUUGAGUUUGAUUUAAAGAAUACAACAUCUGAUGAAAUUGAUAUUGGCUACCUUAGAUACCUAGCUGAAAACAUUCUUACUCUAGAUUUAGCUAAUACUGAAGAAGUGCUUCAUAUGGUGUAUAUAAUGGACCGUAUAUUAAUGACACUAGGUGCUGAUUUAUUGCAAUAUGUUCACUUCUUAAAGAAGCAAGGGGUUGUUUCUUCUGCUCCUGAAACAUUUAUACAAGAAAAUGAGGAUAAUGAAAUAGAUUCUGACUUUACCGUAGCAUCAAAACUAGCAAUAGCUAUGUGUAUUUUAUUAUAUAUAAAAAAUUUAUUAGUUGAAUUGUAUGAUAUACCUGAUGAGUAAGUAGUUGUGUAAAAUUUAAAAGAAGAAAAAAAAAGGGGGGCCUUCUUUGUAUGUUUAACUAAAACAAUAUUGUUUUUUAUUUAGUGAAAUUCGUGAAUUCAAUCCUAAUAUCAAGAAAAAGCCACGAGAUGUAACAAAAGAUGUAGAAGUGAAUGGGUUUAUAAAUUGGGAUGAAUUGCUUUAUUUUAAGCAUGGUAAAUUAGAUAAACGGUCAGCGUCCGAUGCUUGUAUUCAGUUUGAACGCUUAAUUAUGAGCGAUACUACAGCUAUAAUUGACGUAGUCAAAGAUGAGAAUUGAAUAUCAAACUCAUUUUUUUGCUGCUCAUAAUGUAUUUAUUAAAAACAAAACAAAAAAAAAUUUUUUUUUCUUGUAAAUAUAAACAUAUCAAAUGUAAUAAAAAGCCUUUUGUCUAAUAGCUUAUAUGAUAGACAAUAUUGAUAUGAUAAA